GACUGCGUGCCCAGCUGUCGCCGUAUGUACGCGGCCUCGUCCGCUCUACCUCGCUCAGCAUUGCCGUGCUCCAGCUUCUCUGCGCUCCAGACCGCCCGCUCGCGCCGCCGCUGCUCGCACACGCGUCCGCGCACUCAUCACACCGACCCGCCGUCCGCCGGCUGCUGUUCGCGGCCAGACUGCGCUAAAGUCUGCCUUCUCCGGCCGACUGCCCGCCAGGCCUUUGGAGCUUGGUCGCUUUAGGAAGCCCACGAUCCUGCUGCUCGGCCGCUGUGAUUGGCGAGCCUCGUUCUGCUGUCCGCGUCGGGUCCACCGCCUGGACGUCUUGCUUCCCCUUGGCCAGGCCUCUCGUCGCUGCUGCUCCUUCCUCUCUGACUCCUUCAUCCUCGCCCGCCGUCCUCUCGUCUCCUCCAGCGACGCAAGCGCCGUCUUCGAGCGACUUCCGAUCCUCCGGCCCUAACCUGGCUGCUGUCCCGAGCCUUGCGCCGCGCCGCACAGCCAGUCCCUGCGCUAGGAUCGACAUCGCUGCCACUCGCUGUUAGCGGGUAAAAUUUGUGUGAACAGCACAAGUUACACAGAAUCAACCCCGCGCUCCAAACCUCCAACAACCUCCUUAACCGCCGAACACAAUCGCAACGCUCGUCGCCGCCCGCUUCCAUCCUCGCGUCCGCACGUUGCGACUUGUCUACUUUCCAGCUCGACGACAUUGCUGCCGCACACGUCCGCCCAUCUGGCCUGUCCGAACUCGCAGUGUCCCCCCCUCCGCCCCUCCGUGGUUCCCUUAACCCCCUUCAGAAGCGUUUGUCCAUUGCCGCGAACAGGCUCAACGCAAACACCCGUGCUUAGAAGUGUCGAAUCCAAUCAAACAACGUCGUCAACGAAUUCGGCGUCCCUCGCCUGGCCUCUUUUCUCUGUUGACCUUCAAGUCUACGAGCAUCUUGCCGCAGAUUUUUUUUUUUCGCUGAGCCAUCAAUCCUUCUCCUCGAACAUUUCGCUGAGCGCCACCUUGUUCUUCACGGCCAAGAUCACCCACAGAGCAAAAAUAGCGUAUCAGAGGCAGAUUUGCUAUCGGACACGCGUGCUUUCACCGGCGUAUAUCGCGAAGGCUUGGCACCCUUUAUCUCGAGAUUUAUACUUCGCUUGUCGUGCAAGUGCUGCACAAACUUGCCUCAGGUUGCAGAGGGACUUGCUCAGUACAUGUCACAAUUGCCAAACAACCGUCAUUCGCAAUACAAAAGGCCAACGUAGCCUUUGUCUGGAAUACCCAUCCAAAUUAUCUGCAGUCACAACGGGGACUGACCUUUCGAGUCCUCCUUGUUUGGCUCUUGUCGUUCUCCAAGAUAGGUGAGCCGCAACGGACGAAAAAUCUCUUUGAAUAUCGAUCAGUCCUAAAUCCUAGCUCGUGUUGUUGCCGUGAACCAUCACAUCGUGAUGACGGGAUCACCAUCCACCUACAUUAAGGAGGAGAAUGAUGAAUUUUCAUUCAACCCUCACCAAUAUUCCGCCGCCAAUAAUGGCAGAUUCUUGAAUCAACAAUACAAUCAGUUCACGACAUCUGCCGGGGACAUGUCUGGAGUAAACCCGACGGAGCUCACCAUGAGCAACAUGAACAAUUUCGGCCAGAUGUCAAACAGCUUCAUGGGAGGCGGUAAUUCAGGAAUCGAUGAUGAGGACUUGCUCGCCCUCGGAAAUCUGGAUGAUCAGAAGCAUUUUCAAAUGAAUGGUUACAACCAAGGACAGCAGAGCCAGAAUUUUUUCCCUAAUGCACAAGGGUAUACGCCUGACAACAACCCAAUCGCAAGCCCGUUUUUAAACCAGCAAGGCGACUUCUUCAGCCAGUAUUCGAAUUCUCAUGGCCAACAAUUUGGCGGCAUGCAGCGAAGGCCAAUGGGCUCAAUGGAUCGACACCCGUCUGAUUCUGCUCGAAGCCCAAUGACACCGAGCGCAAGCAUGAGAAUAGGCAGCAUCGGCACUCCGGACUCCAAUCAUUUGCAAUACCAGGUUCCACUCAACCAACAUCUAAACCAGCACGCAAAGAUGCAAUCGGCCUCGUGGAAUCCCAAUGGCAACUCAGGCAGCGCGGGCUCAGGGUGGGGCGAGUCGCCAAUUUCUUCCCCACUUGCUGAUCACUUUCACACCAACAUGAAUGAGGUCCUAGCAGGCAGAGCUGGUGCUUCUCUUCCCACAAAGGUUGAGAAUGGGAUGCACAGCAACUACCAAACCCAGGAGGCCAAAAAGAAGCGGAGGCGUGAGUCGCACAACGCUGUUGAAAGGCGUCGCCGGGACAAUAUCAACGAGCGCAUACACGAUCUUUCAAGACUGGUCCCUUCUCAUCGCCUAGAAGAUGAGAAAAUCCGAAAGCACCUCAGCAAUAAUGGCCCCUUGUCGCCAACCCUCGGCGCAUCUGGCAUUUCCCCCCCUGCUGCUACAUCACUACUGGCAGGCGGUUCGGGGCGACGCGCUGCAGGUAACAUCACCCAAGGACUCCCUCUCGAGGAGAAAGACAAAGGACCAAAUAAAGGCGACAUACUGAACGGUGCCGUCAGCUGGACGCGCGACAUGAUGUGGCAGCUCUACCAAAAUUACAAGAAUGAAGAGAAACUACGUGCCCAUCUGGAAUCGCAUGGGCUGCAAUGGCCUCUGACUGAGACGGAAGAACAGAAACGAAUGAAGACUGAGCUAAUUGCUGCUGUCGAGAAGAACGGUGUUGACAAUUUCUCUUAUUCACGUGGACCAGGCAGCGGUCUUCGCGUCCCAGGUCAUACCACCAUUGACGGCCAGCCCCUCAACGGCACCAACGGUACCAACGGCCAGCAAUCAAGCGUGAGCCCUGCUAGCGCCAAUGGCCAGAAUUUCAAUUGGGUCAACGACUCUAAUCAGCGAGAUUCCUUUAGCCUCAAGGAAGAAGAUGAGUCUGGCUUUGGCAUGGAGAUGGGUUGAGUUAAUCUUCCUUUCUGCUCACGAAAUUUGCCUCACGACUCGCGGCUAGUAAUUUGAUACCCACACGCUUUCCUUCCCAGCACAACAUAACAGCUCUAGAGUAGACCAGAUUCUUCUUUUUUCCCUACACCAAAUCAGGAUCUGCUGAUACCUAAGAGCUCGUAAGCCUGCACAAUCUCCACUUUUUUUUUGAGAUCACAGAUGGCAUUUCUCAGUAUCGAUACCAUUGGCUGGAGUUUUUCUUUUAGGGACACGAGGGGUUUCGGGAUGUUGUUGGGUCGGCGUCUUAAUAUUCCCCUACACUAUUCCGUUCAUUUGAUUGCCAUUAUUACAUCUUCAGGGAGUUUUCCACCGGGCAUGCACUUGUUCUUCUUUGUGUUUUUGGCACCACUUACAUCAUCUUGCACGCCGAAGAGGGGAGAAUGUGGGCAUGCAUUUGGAAGCAAUGGGCGCCUGAUCAUUUUGGACACAGCAAUAUUGAUUUACCACCACGAUAACGAUGAUGACCACGAGAAUGACCAGAGACGGCCCAUGGAAAGAUAGCGGACUCGGAUGUGCAUGUUGCUUCGAUGUAGUCUUUUCUUUUUUUUUUUUGUCACUUGCACACUCAUAUUUAAACCCCUCUAUAUUUAGGCUGUCAUGACAGGAUGAUGCGAUCAUAUAGUCUCGUCGCUUCGACAGACGAUGCUUAGUUAUGAUCAUGACAGCCAGGAUGGCAAUCAAUAUACUUCCUUCAUACAAUCACAA